AUGACGGCGAAGGAUCUUAAGAAGAUUAUGGAGAAGGAGGCGUCAAGGGUAAAGAGCCUUAGCUUCCACCCGACAAAGCCUGUAAUAAUUUCGGGGCAUCAUAGCGGAUCCAUAAAGGCAUGGGACUACCAGAUGGGUGUUUGCAUCCACGAGUUUCUUGACCACGACGGAUCUGUAAGGGCUGUCUUGUUCCAUCCUAGGGGGGAUUUCUUUGUAAGCGGAGGAGACGACAAGGUUAUAAGGGUAUGGAGUUAUACAGAAAGAAGAAUCACAAACAAGCUUCGGGGACAUGACGAUUUUAUCAGAUCAUUGGAUUUCCACCCAACAAAGCCUUGGAUCCUCAGUGCAUCUGACGACCAAACAAUAAUGGUAUGGAAUAUGCUAACAGGCAAACUUCUUGCGACUGCUAGAGGGCAUUGCCAUUAUGUUAUGGCAGCCAAGUUUUUGGGAGAGGAGUCUAUUGUGAGUGGAUCGCUGGACCAGUCGAUAAGGAUUUGGGACUGCAAGGGACUAAAGGAGGGAGGCAAAAAGAACUCGCUACUGCCGGAUAUAGUUAUAAAGCAGAUUGUAGAUGGACACGAUAGAGGAAUCAAUGCAAUAGCUGCGAAGGAUGGAGUUUUUGUAAGCGGGGGAGACGACAGAGACAUCAAGUGCUGGGAAUGGUCUGAGACCUCUGUCUGGGAGAAGGAAGUUAUGUACAAUCAUCAGGGACCUGUUACUGGGCUUCUUUGUGAUAGGGAGUACGUGCUAAGCUCUGGAGAAGACGGGCUGUUUUCGAUAUACAACACAGAAACCAGGAAAUCAAUUGAACGCCGCACAGAAGGGAGGUAUUGGUGUGUAGCCAACAAAGGAAAUCUGUAUGCAGCAGGCCAUGACUCCGGCUUUGAAGUGUAUAUUUAUUCUGAACCAAAGAUCAUCUGUACACAUGGGCAAGGAUUUUUCUAUUUGAAGAACUCUCGGAUUCAUUACAGCGACUUCAAAACAGAGAAAGUCCUCCUGAAGCCAAAGAAAGACGUUACUUCGAUCUGUGCCAAAGGGGAAUAUCUUCUUGUCCAAUAUGAUGGUAAGUUUAAUGUCCUUAUCGACGGAAAGGUUGUAGUAGAGGAAUCAGGAGAAGGAGACCUAUUUGAGAACUCGGAAGGAGAUGUAGAGUUAAUUGUAAAGAAUGAGGAAGGAGCUUAUAGAGGAGGGAUUUCCUCUCGGAAUAAGCAUCUUCUCUCUUCAUCCAAAGGGAGUCUUUUCCCUGGAAGUAACGAGUUUUUCUUCCUGGUGAAUGGAAGAAGUAUUACAAUGUGCUUUGUUGAAGGAGAGGAGAAAACAUUCAAUAUUCCAUUCCAUCUGACCAAAAUAGUUUGCUCCAACAGUAGAAUAUCAUUUGUUGGGAACAAUGAUAUUUUGAUUUACAACCUUGAUUUGAGUCCUGUAAAUAGCAUUAAUGAGAUAGUUCCGAUUAUUGAUGGAUUUUUCCAUGAGGAUAUUUUCAUCUAUGCUACUCAUCGGCACCUGAAGUAUGCCUUUGAAGAUUCAGGAGUGUUAAAAAGCAUUGAAAAGCCUAUCCUUCCAUUUGCUCUUGAGGAGGGGAAGACCAUUUACUUCCUGUCUGACGAUGGAAUUGAAUGUGUUGAUGUGGAAUUGAUCGAAGUGAAGUUCAAGAAGGCAGUCCUAAUGGAAGAAGACAUAGCUCCUCUUAUUGAAGAGGGAGCGAUGCCGGGUCUGUCGCCUCUUUCCUAUCUUGUUAGGCAGAAAAAGGGAGCUCUAGCUCUCCCAUAUAUCAAGGACAGGAGACAGCGGUUUGAACUUUGUCUCAGUGACUUGAGAUUAGAUGAGUGUAUGGAGUACUGCAUACAGGAGGGAGAUGUGGAUAUGAACAGGAGACUUGCAGAUGCAGCCAUAAGAGAGUGUAGAGUAGACAUAGCCGAAAGGUGUCUCGAAAGCACAAGGGAAUGGAAUAUGUUGUUUAUGCUCUAUGUGUGCUCGAGGGAUGAUGAGAAAAUCAGGGAACUUGCUGAAAAAGUAGACCCUGUCACAAAAAAUAUGAUUAUGAUGUAUUUGGAAGAUGUAGAAUAUUUCAAAAAGACCAAGGUUAUUGGAGAGUACAAAGGAGAGAAUGGGAACAAGAAUCCAACCCCGGAUGUUAGCUCAUGGGGGCGUGGAGAGAGUAAGGAAAUAGAUUUUCAAUCCACCGCCAAGAACGAUUCGGAUUUUUUUGAGAUAUCUCCGAGCUCAAAUGAUAUUCCACAAAGAUGGAACUACAAUGAAAAAGACGAUGUCCAGUCUGAGGACGAGAUACAUUCAGAUCUCUCUGAAACAGAGGAGAAAUGGAAUGAGAGAAGCCUUCCUGUGGACGAGAAGUCUUUGCAAGAGAGUGCCUACCUUGAAAGUUCGGAGGGUAUGAAUGAGAUACUAGAAAGAGGCCUGUCUCUGACGACCGAAGGGAAGUUUGGCAAAGCAAUAGAGGCUUUCCGGGAAGGGAUGGUGAAGAUUGCACUCUACAUUAGAGAUAAUAAUGCGAGCGAGUCCUUUUUAGAGGAGAGAAGGAAAAUCGGAUCUUAUAUUUCUGGUUUGGUGGUUGAAAAGAUAAGGAGAAAGACCGAUUCGCCUUUGAAGAACAUUAUGAUGGCCAAGUACUUUUCGGAGCUCCCGCUGGAGAAGGAGCAUCACGUCCUAGCCUCAUCCACAGCCAUCAUGGUGUUCAGAAAGAACGGAAAUUUGAAACAGGCUAAGGAGUUAGCGAUGGAGCUCAGGAAGGAGGGAAAGGAUAGUAAGGUCAUUGAGAAAGCAAUUGAGGAAGAAAAUCCAAAGGACGAGCAUGAGCUUCCUGAAGGGGUUUUUUGCCAUGACAUCCUAGAGACAAGGACUAGUGCUAAAACAUGCUUGCUAUGCUUCGUCAACAGCUCUAGUGGCAAUAUAUGUACAAGCUGCAGGGUUGGAGUCCUUCAAUAA